GCUUCCUUUGGAUGCCAUGGUGCCAUCGUUGUUGCUGGCCAGCUGCAUUAGUUUCACACUGGUCGCGGCUGAAAUCAAGUUGCCAGAUGGUCCAAUCAUUGCAGCCUGGCAGAACUGGGGAGCAUGCAACGACACCCAGACGAUCCAAGCGGUUGAAAGAGGCGUGAAUGUUGUGUUUUGGUUCAGCUCCAACUUGGUGAAAGACGGAGAUAAGCCGAAGAUCUCAGGCCCUUUGCCUGAUCUGGAGUGCGUUGCGCGAGUUCGCAAAGCCAUCAAAGAGAAAGGCCUUCCCACAGCUCAUUUGCUGAGCAUUGGUGGUUGGGACGCACCGCAUCCUGACACAUCUUUCACUGGAACUGAAUGGUUUCACGCUUGGAACGAAUGGAAUCAAGGCUUGCCCAUGCCUUUCGAUGGGUUUGACUGGGAUCUCGAGGGCAACGACUACUUGACAUCUCCCUACAAUGUUUUCAGCCCAGCCUGCUUGCAGCUGGUCGUGGACAUGUCAGCCGCAGCAAAAGCAGCUGGAUAUUUGGUGACUAUGGCUCCUCCUCAAACAUACUUUGAUUCCACAACACCUCACUUCAACCGGUAUUUGAACAAUUCGAAUCCUCCUGACUAUCGGCCCGAGUUUCGGUACCGUGGUCGAAACAGCUAUGCCUACAUGUGGGCAGCUGCACCUCCUGGAACCUUUGACCUGGUCUCGGUGCAGCUCUAUGAAAGUUAUGCGCCGGCCAUGCAGGCUCUGCAGGAGGGCAUCUCCGGUGAGGAGUAUUUGCAAAGCUGGGCGGCGCAGUUUAUUCUUGGAUGGACCAUCAACUUCAACGACACGUCUCUGAAACUCCAAGGUCAUGUGGAUGUCGCAGUGCCAGCUUCUCACUUCCUCAUAGGACUGAGCUUUGGAUCUCCGCCGAGGUCAGCGUUCUUUUGGCCAGAGACCGCAGGUGCUGCCUACAGCAAUGCACCUGCACACUUGCGGCCUCGGGGCUAUGCCUUUUGGAUGAUUGGGAUAGAGGACAGCUUGGCGAAUAAAUCCAAUCGGAGUUUGAGCUUCGCAUUUGGACUCAACAGUUUCCUUCAUGUGAGAAAGCAAGGACGAGCUCAGUUGGAGAAGAGGUCAUUGAGGUGACUUUGGUGUUCCCUUCCUGGGUAUCCUCUAGUUCCACGGAUCUUCAAAGCUGGAUCCGGAUGACACGAGCUUCGAAGCAGUCUUCUUUGACAUUCGAUUCCAUAGUUGGAACUCACCAUUGGAGCGAUGCAUAAGAUCAUUACAGCUUGGUGGGUUCCAGCUUAAUCAUUGCCCCCACAGUACUAGGUACUUCAUGUUUUAGAUGGAUGAGCCAGCUCAUGUUUUAAAUGAGGAGGGCAAAAAAUCACGUGGAGCGUGCGAACAGGGUUAUCACCAGGAAGGGUCUAGGUUACCUUCAGACUUUUGAAGCAAUAAAACUGAUGGGAUGUUGUCCUGGCAGCCUUUUGUUGGAAGGAGUCC